AUGCGGGUGUCCGAGGGCCCCUCAGAGAAUCGAGGGACUGGUGGGGAACGCGAGGAAGGGAAGCCCGCCCCUCCACCGCCCUGUGCGGAUGUCCGCGGCGCGCGAACAGCCGCGAGGGGUCCCCCUCCCCAGCCCGGAGCCCGGCGGGGCGCGCGGGUGCGGGGGGUGCGCGUAACACUCUCGGCCCGGGAGCCUGAGCCGGAGCUGGAGCCCGAGCCCGAGCCUGAGCAAGCGAGCGAGGAGAGCGCGGCGGAGAGGCUGCAGCCGGCGGCGGGAGGGAGGGCCCCGAGCGCGCCCAGCGGCUGCCGGCCCCCGCGGCUCGCAGCCUCGCCCCCUCAGUCUGCGGGAGCCCGCCCGGGGGUGGGGGCUCCGGGCGGCGCCCGUCCCACCCUCGCUGCCCCGGGCGCGCCGGCGCGCGGCGACCGGCACCGUGGGAACCCCGGCCCGCUCCCGCCGCGGCUCCAUGCGGCCCCGGCCCCUGCGCGAGUGAAGCCGCGGCUACGCGGAGCUCGCUCCUGGCGCGGCAGCACGAGACAGCGAGUCGCGCCGCCCGGCGCCCCCGCCCUCCGGCGCCCGGGCCGUGGCCGGAGAUGCCCGGAGGCGAAGCCCCAGGGCCCGAGGGAAGAUGGGCCGGAGGUGCGGAGGCGCAGGGGCCGGAUCCGGGCGUGCGGGCUCGGCCGGGCUGGCGGGGGAGCCGCGCGCUGCCCGGGCGUGAGGGGCCCCCGGGCUGCCGGGUUCCAGGAUGCGCCGCCGCUGCUGCCGCCGCCGCUGCUGCUGCUGGGACUCCUGCUGCUGGCAGCCCUCCCGGAGCACUGCCUGGCCGACUCGGGAAGGGACAAUCUACAGAUCACUGUCACCCCAACCCCAGAGUCAUUUCCUCAUGGGAAAUUGUUACCGAUUUCACCAACAUGGCCUUUGUCCGAAGUCCAGUCUUCCUCAGCGGUGGACAGAAUGAAGCCUGUGCCGGGACGGUCCCCUGACAACACGAGCUGGCUGCAGUCUGCCCAGACGCCUCCGCCCAAGACACACCGCCAAGCUCGGGCCCACGGGGACUUCUCUCCUUCCCCUUACCAAGGCAGUGGACAUAGCGCCUCCCUCGAGCCUUCCAAGGAUUCUCCUGAGGCCCUGGUCCAACCAAGACCUCCAGGGGGAAAAGAAGCAGCCACCGUGUCAGGUUUGCCUCACACCAGCAUGCUCCCCACACUGUCCCCUCUCCCACCAGUGGCGUCCUUCCGUGCUGGCCUCCCAUCCCGGCCGCCGUGGGUAGGGACUCCUUCCAUGGCAGAACUACAUUCCCCGAGGGCAGACGCUCUCCCCUCAUCUUCAUCUUCUUCAUUGGCUCCUGACUCACCUCAUUCCAUCAUCUUUUCUAAGCCAGCAGAGCGACCCACCAAAGUGCUUUUAUUCCCCCAAACAGCUCCAACUCACUCAUCCUCAAGUCAGAGCAUAGCUAAUCCCCUAAACCCAUUUGCUGAGGAAGUGAACCACACUCCAUCCAAAAACGCCCAGGAUUUAAUAGGCAUCCCUCGUCUAGGUUUUCCUGGAUCCUCAAGCCCAGCAGAGGGUCCUCACUCAGCAGUCUCCCACACACCUGAGUCUUUGAGCUCCGUGGCCGACCUGGCCCUUCUGUCUGUCCCUCCCCUAGCUCCUGGAAGUCUUCUUCAGCUUCCAGGUGGGACACCCUCAUUAUCGAUGUUGGAAGUGGCUCCAGGUCCUGCAUCCACCCAGCCAAUUGAAGCUGAGGUGGCUGAAAGAACACAUAAUGGGGUGUCUCUGCCAGCCUUUAAGAGCACCGCGACCCAUGAGGCUGUGUCUUCACCUGUCCAGGCUGCAGAAUCGGUGGCAGUGGGAAUGAUCAGCCGAAAGGCAGCCCAUGCUACUGCAAAGGACUCUGCUCACCCCCUGCAUUUGUCAGCAGCUCCAGAGAAUUCCAAAGGGCCCACCCUUUCAGCAGAACACACAUCCUCCCCUUUGGUGCCUUCUCUGCCUCUCACCACAGCAAGCCGAGGGCAAGAAAUCCUUUCUGGGGAGGUUCUCACAUCCCCAUCAAAUGGCGCACUGGCAGACUUCCCCUCCAUGCCUUCUUUCCUCCAGCUGGCAGGGAAUCAUGCCUCUCCAUCCGCCGUGCCCCCAAUGCCAACUCCUCAAGAAGCAGGCAGUGAUGGAUCCCCUCCUACUGCAGCUGCAGACUUGCUCCUCUCAAGCACAUUUCCUAAUCUUCCUUCCACAACUUGGACAUUUCCCCUGCAGAAAGAAGGUAGCGGAACAGCUGUUUUAAAGAAAAACGAAAAGGCAAAUUUGACAGUUGCUCUCCAGACCCUUUCAAGUAAAGAGAGGCCAAGUCUUCACGAUGUAAGUGGAGUCACCUCUGAUGUUAGCACUGAUCGGGUUUCUUCAGACAUUACACCACCAAGAACAAACCUCCUUCCUUCAGAAUUAUCUCCAUCUUCCAUCCCCUUCGCACGAGCCACCCAGACUGUUUCCCCAUCUCAUAGCUCUUCCAACACCAAGCCCGAUACUUACACAGCUGUGACGGACCAUUCUGAGGUGCCGGUUUCAGCUUCCAAACAGGUGACAGCAUUUCCCUCCUCCAAUGAGGUCUAUGAUUUCUCAACAAUGGGAGACAUGAAGAAGCCAGCAAUCACAGAUGUUUUCUGGCAUUCUCUUGCAGCAGAAACUGGAUCCCUUUCAACGGAACUGAUGAUAUCUGGCUUGCUGCAGCAAACGAAUUAUGAUGUGAAUGGGCACACAGUUAACUCCACAAGUUGGGAAACUCACUCAGCUUCAACUGCUCCUCCCGGUGGUUUAAAUUCUGCUGCCAGUACAAUAAAAUCUCGGGCUUUCAAAGAUAAUGUUGGGCAUUUAGCGACUGCAGAAGGCUUUAGCAUUCAGGAUCCAGUCUCUGGUACAAGCACUAACCAGCUCGUCCAACAGUCAGACGUUACCAUGGUUGGAAACCAUACAGUGUCCAUAAACACUAACAACUAUUCCAGAGACUUUCAAACAGCUGAGGUUGAAGAUGACCCAUCCAUAAGUCAACAUCCUGUGUCUCAUCCCCAUCUAUGGCUGCCUGCCCAUCCAACACACUCUCCUGUGCUGACCUCUCCAAGUCUAACUUCCACAGCUAGCUUAUGGGAAAUGCUUUCAGAUGGAAUGGAUACAAGUUUCCAAAUUUCCGGCAACAUCUAUCCACCUCCGGUGAUAAAUGCUUCCCCACCGUUCCAGAGUAUCCCGAGAUAUCACUCUACUGCUGAAUCUCCUCCUCUAUCAACCAGUGCCUUAUUCAGGACCCCAUCCAAAGCACUGCCGGCUUCUCAGCGCCCCGAGAAGUGGACAGUGGCCUCCUCGGUGUCGCCCAAGGCACAACCAACAGCAGCAACCAUGUUCUUUCUUCGGAAAUCAAGUCCACUGGUGCUGUCUGCAGCCCUGGUUGCUAAGGGCACCGGCAGCAGCCCUUCGGCCGUGGCCUCGGGAUUAGUCAAGAGCAGCUGGACCACUGCUGUAGCUAAAAACGUCACAAGCAACGCAGCAUCUGGCCCAAAGGCGACACCAGGGGCAGCCCAUCCAGCCUUCUCGUUCACGCCGACCUACAUGUUUGCAAGAACAGCACACACCACGAGCACUCCCACGGCCAUGCAAGGGAACACGGGCACUGCCUCUGGCCUGUUGUCCACAACACACCUCCCCAGGAAACCACAAGCCAUGUACACGGGCUUCCUGAACCCCACCAACCCAGACAUGCCCAAGGUGUCCACCGCACGCCCGCUGACAAUCACGGCAGCCUUGACGUCCAUCACUGCACCAAUAAGGGCCACCCGGAUGCCGCCUUUGUCAGCAGAAAACACAGACGCUGCUCUUGCCGCUGUGUCCACGGCCAUGGUCACAACUGGCAAAAUGGCAUCCAACCUGGAGUGUCAGAUGUCCAGUAAGCUCCUGGUGAAGACAGUUCUCUUUCUGACCCAAAGGAGGGUGCAGAUCAGUGAAACCUUGAAGCUUAAUGUAGCCAGAGGGCUCACACAGGCAUUGCGGAAGGCAUUCCACCAGAAUGACGUCUUGGCUCAUGUGGACAUUCUGGAACAUUCUCACAACGUCACUGUUGGUUAUUAUGCUACCAAAGGGAGGCUGGUCUACUUGCCUGCUGCAGUGAUUGAAACGCUGGGCGUUUAUGGGAUCAGCAAUGUCACUGCAGAUCUGAAGCAACACACCCCACCCUUGCAGUCUGUGGCAGUACUUGCCUCCCCGUGGACUCCCCAGCCUGCAGGCUACUUGCAGCUGAAAACAGUGCUACAGUUUGUGAGCCAGUCCGACAACAUACAGUCCUGCAAGUUUGCUCAGACGAUGGAACAGAGACUACAGAGAGCCUUCCAGGAUGCCGAGAGGAAAGUUCUGAAUACUAAAAGCAACCUGACGAUUCAGAUGGUGAGCACGUCCAACGCCUCCCAGACAGUCACCUUGGUGUACGUGGUGGGCAAUCGAAGCUCCUUCCUCAACGGCACCGUGGCCAGCAGCCUCCUCCGCCAGCUCUCCGCUGAGCUGGUGGGGUUCUACCUCACCUACCCGCCGCUCACCAUCGCCGAACCACUGGAAUACCCCAACCUUGAUAUAUCAGAAACAACCAGAGACUACUGGGUAAUUACAGUGCUGCAGGGCGUGGACAGUUCCCUGGUGGGCCUGCACAACCAAAGCUUCGCCCGGGUCAUGGAGCAGCGCCUGGCCCAGCUGUUCAUGAUGUCCCAGCAACAAGGCCGGCGGUUUAAACGGGCCACCACCCUGGGAAGCUACACCGUGCAGAUGGUAAAGAUGCAGCGGGUGCCAGGACCCAAGGACCCCGCGGAGCUGACUUACUACACCCUGUACAAUGGGAAGCCUUUGCUGGGGACCGCAGCUGCCAAGAUCCUGAGCACCAUUGACUCCCAAAGGAUGGCCUUGACCCUGCAUCACGUUGUCCUUCUGCAAGCUGACCCCGUGGUGAAGAACCCGCCCAACAACCUGUGGAUCAUCGCCGCGGUGCUGGCGCCCAUUGCCGUGGUCACGGUCAUCAUUAUCAUCAUCACUGCCGUGCUCUGCCGGAAGAACAAGAACGACUUCAAGCCAGACACUGUGAUGAACCUGCCACAGAGAGCAAAGCCUGUGCAGGGCUUUGAUUAUGCCAAGCAGCACCUGGGCCAGCAAGGGGCGGACGAAGAGGUCAUCCCCGUGACUCAGGAAACGGUGGUCCUCCCACUGCCCGUUAGAGAUGCUCCUGCCUCUCAGGAAAGGGAUGCCCCUCAGGAUGGAAGCACUAUCAAGACGGCCAAAUCCAUCGAAACCAGAAAGAGCAGGUCGCCCAGUGAGAAUGGCUCUGUCAUCAGCAACGAAUCAGGGAAGCCCAGCUCGGGGAGGCGCUCACCCCAGAAUGUAAUGGCACAGCAGAAAGUGACAAAGGAGGAGGCAUGGAAGAGAAAUGUGCCGGCGAGUGAUGAAGAGGAGGGAGCGGUCCUCUUUGACAGCUCUGGCAAGGCGGUUGCUGAUCCCUUUGACACGUCUUCUGGGUCUGUGCAGCUCAUCGGAAUAAAACCCACAGCCCUCCCCGUGGGGCACCCCACCUCGGACAGGAGCCAGGAGCCGGUCGUCCUCAACGGCGAGGUGAACAAAGCCCUGAAGCAGAAGUCAGACAUCGAGCACUAUCGGAACAAGCUGCGCCUCAAAGCCAAGAGGAAGGGCUACUAUGACUUCCCUCCGGUGGAGGCGAGCAAGGCUCAAAUGGAAAGAAAGAAGAUGUAUGAAAAAGCCCCAAAGGACAUCGAGCACGUUUUGGAUCCCGACCCAGAAAUGUGUGCCCCAUUCACUGAGGCUAAAAACAGGCAACAGAUGAAGAACUCUGUCUACCGGAGUCGGCAAUCUCUGAACAGCCCGAGUCCGGGGGAAACGGAGAUGGACCUUCUGGUGACUCGGGAGCGACCUCGGCGUGGAAUCCGUAACAGCGGAUACGAUACUGAGCCUGAAAUCAUAGAGGAAACCAACAUUGACAGAGUGAAUGAGCCCCGGGGCUACGCCCGGUCGAGGCAGGUGAAAGGCCACUCGGAGACCUCCACGCUGAGCUCGCAGCCCUCCAUCGACGAGGUCCGGCAACAGAUGCACAUGCUACUGGAGGAGGCCUUCAGCCUGGCAUCCGCAGGACACGCAGGCCAGAGCCGACACCCAGAGGCCUAUGGCUCCGCCCAGCACCUGCCCUACUCCGAGGUGGUGACCAGCGCUCCUGGGACCAUGACGCGGCCCCGGGCUGGGGUGCAGUGGGUGCCGACCUACCGCCCCGAAAUGUACCAGUACAGUCUGCCCCGGCCGGCCUACAGGUUUUCCCAGCUUCCUGAAAUGGUCAUGGGCUCUCCCCCUCCACCUGUGCCUCCGCGGACUGGCCCAGUGGCUGUCGCUUCUCUCAGGCGGUCCACCUCGGAUGUUGGGAGCAAGACCAGGAUGGCCGAGUCCGCGGGGCCUGAGCCCGCCCAGCUGCACGACAGCGCCUCCUUCGCGCAGGUGUCCCGAGGCCCUGUGUCUGUGACUCAGUUGGAUCAGUCGGCUUUAAAUUACUCAGGUAAUACAGUGCCGGCAGUGUUCGCCAUCCCAGCUGCCAACAGACCCGGCUUCACCGGCUACUUCAUCCCGACGCCUCCCUCGUCCUACAGGAGCCAGGCCUGGAUGUCUUACGCAGGAGAGAAUGAGCUCCCGAGCCAGUGGGCUGAUUCGGUCCCCCUCCCGGGGUACAUUGAGGCUUACCCCCGGUCCCGGUACCAGCAGAACUCGCCCUCCAGGCUCCCUCGCCAGUACAGCCAGCCAGCCGGGCUGCACCCCAGCUUGGAGCAGGCCCCGGUGCCCUCCGCAGCAGCCUCACAGCAGAGCCUGGCGGAGAACGACCCGUCUGACACGCCCCUGACCAACAUCUCCACAGCGGCCCUGGUGAAGGCCAUCCGGGAAGAGGUGGCCAAACUGGCCAAGAAGCAGACGGACAUGUUUGAGUUCCAGGUCUAAUGCCUUCGCCCACUUCCAGACUCUGAGGAAACAGUCUUUGGGUUUCUCCAGCCUGGCUUGAUGGGUCUGGAGGCACAGAUGAUGUGGGAGUCUUUCUCACCCUCAGUUUCUAUAAAGGUGAACAGUGGGGCUUCUG